AUGGAGAACAGAAAAGAGGACACGGACCCAGACCUGGAAAUAGAGCCUGAGAGGGAUCGGCCCGAUUGGCCACGCUCCUUCAAACCACCACUUUCCCCCGAAAAAGGGACGAAAGCCUCAGGUCCCCAAACGAGCGCUCCCUCGCCCAGAGACCCCGGCUUGCACACCCCGCCCUGUUCCCCGCGGCGCGGGAGGAGAGGCCGCCCCACACAGGAAGUGUGUCCUGCGCCGGGACCUUGCGCCCAGCCCGCCGGUACCUGCCCUCCGCCCCCAACAGGCGAGAAGCAGCCGCGUCCACAUGGCUUCAGGUGUUCACAUGGCAGUAAACGGGCCCCUGCUCUCCUGGGCGCCCCAGCGCGGCGCCCUCCCGCCCACAUCCCGGCCCAGCCCCGCUGGCCUCGCCUCCAGCCCGUAGCCAAGAGGCGAGCGCGGCCGGUGCCCCCGGGGCUGCCAGGGGCCCCGAAGCAGGCGGCGCUGACUCCCGGACGCCGCCCGCUCACACCCGCCGCCUUUGCACCCAAGGCCUCGCGCGACCAGCAGGUACCUUCCCUCCGCACCCUCGGGCCAGCACCGGCGCCCAAGCCCCGCCGGAUCCCCGGGCCGGCCCAAGACACCUCAGCUCUCUGAUGCCAGGCCUGGCCCGGGCCCCUGCCCGCACUCUCGGGUCGGGCCGGGCAGCAACACUCCCCUCAGCACCCCAAGCCCUGACUCGGAGUCCAGGAGGCUCCGCACUCCCAGGUUGGGUCCGGCCGGGACCUCUGCUCCCAGCCCCCCAGGCCGGACACCCCGGCCCGGCCCCAGUCCUUCAGGCCCAACCCUCUCCCUGCCCCUCAGGCCCGGGAGGCGGUUACCUGCAG